UGUGCAGAAUGUCAUCAGAUGAGGAGAAAUGCUCACUUCCGGUUGUGCAAAAUGACUCUGACCGAGGCAGUUCUGUCUCUUCAGAUCUUCAGGAGGAGUAUGAAGAACUGCUUCGUUAUGCUAUAGUGACUCCAAAUGUUGAAUCAAGUGCUUCACAGCCAUCUCAUUCUAAGGGAGAAGUGGUGCCAGAUGUUAGAAUUCCUACUAUAAUUGAUGAUAUUCUCGAUAAUCAAGGAAAUAGCCCUGUAGUAAGAGAAACAAGGAUGGAAGUUGGAAAAGGGUGUGACUUAAAUAUUUCAAGUCAUUCAAAGACAGAUGGGUCGUCACCGGUGUCAUCACCAAGGAAGCCUUCUCACCCAGUCAUGGAUUUUUUCAGUACUAAUCUUUUAGGUGACUCUUCCUCACCAGGGUCUAAUUCUAGUCCUGCAGAUGUCCAUGAAAUAGUUGUGAGCGAUUAUCUUGUUUCUGAUGAAAAUCUCCAGAAGAUGGAAAAUGUACUUGAUCUUUGGAGUUCAGAUCUUAAGACAAACGUCAUAUCUGAACUAAGUAAAUGGAGACUUAAUUUUAUUGACUGGCACCGAAUGGAAAUGAAAAAAGAGAAAGAAAAACAUGCAGCACAUAUAAAACAACUGUGCAACCAAAUCGACAGCUUGAAGGAGCUGCAGAAAGCCUAUGAAGUCUCCAUUGGGAGGAAAGACGAGGUGAUUUCUAGCUUGUCUCAUGCCUUAGGCAAGCAAAAGGAAAGGAUAGAGUUGAUGAGAACAUUCUUCCACUGGCGAAUUGGCCACGUCAAAUCCCGACAGGACGUUUAUGAAGGUAAACUAGCUGACCAGUACUUCCAGAGAACUCUACUGAAGAAAGUCUGGAAAGGCUGGCGCUCCAUAGUACAGAAGCAGUGGAAGGAUGUGGUGGAACGAGCUUGUCAGGCAAGAGCUGAGGAAGUUUGUGUCCAGAUUUCCAAUGAUUAUGAAACCAAAGUUGCUGUGUUAUCUGGAGCUUUGGAAAAUGCAAAAGCUGAAAUCCAAAGAAUGCAGCAUGAAAAAGAGCACUUUGAAGAUUCCAUGAAGAAAGCUUUCAUGAGGGGUGUAUGUGCGUUAAAUCUUGAAGCCAUGACUAUAUUUCAAAACAGGGGUGAUACAGGGAUAGACUUUGCAAAUAGAAAGGAAGAGUAUGGUCCUGGUGUUCAAGAGAAAGAACCUUCUGCUCAUUUGGAUCCUUCGGCUCCUCUGGCGUCCUCAGCGGUUGCACCACCACAGCAGCUGCCGCCAGCAGCCGUGGGAGCGGCCAGUGCUGCUGCUUUUCCCUCUGCUGCUGCCGUGACUCCCGCCAGGACUGCUUCUGCCUCCUCUCUUCACCUUCCUGCUUCUGCUCCCCUUGGUGCUGGACCUACCGCUCCUGCUGCCCCAGAAGAAAUGUGCGUGCCCAGGGUUGUGACCUCCGCACAGCAGAAAGCUGCAAGGACAAUUACGGCCCGGAUCACAGGGAGGUGUGAUUUUGCUUCAAAAAAUAGAGUUAGUAGCAGUUUAGCUGUAAUGGGAGUUUCUCCUCCCAUGAGCUCAGUCGUUGUGGAAAAACAUCAUCCAGUCACUGUGCAAACCAUUCCUCAAGCCGCUGCAGCAAAAUAUCCCCGGACGAUUCAUCCUGAAAGUGGUCCCUCAGCUUCCAGAUCUCUUGGAGCCAGACCAGCUCACACCCAGCCUCUCACAAGUGCUCCCUCCAUAAAAGUGGUUGACUAA